CACGUUACGCGGCGCGCGCGUCGCGGGAGCGUCCCCCGUUCGCUCCACUAGGGGGCGCGAUUGGACCCCCACCCCCCCACCACCUCGACAUCCUCGUGAGUGUGUCAUGUCAGGGGAGGAAUGUUCGUACAAUGAGGGUCUGUGUAUUGUGGUUCCGCUAUUGCCUCGGUGCGCCACACGGGCAAACGGUUGUCAAUGGACUAUUGGAGACGGAUCUCGGUCGGUGCGCGCCACGGCUCCCCCGCGUUUCCGCUGCGUGGUUUCUGACUUGUAAUUCGCCACCAGAUCCUUUUAAUCCGGGUGGAAAGGGAAAGAGACGGAGAGAGGACUGGAAUCCAAACAAAAAUGCCGUGAGUCGUGGAAGUUUCGUGAAUUGUGGCGCGUUGGUCGAUUGUCCAGUCCUGGCGAACUAAGCGCUCACUUGGAUUUUUUUUUGUACAGUUCGCAGUCUCGAUCCUUUUUUUUUGUUUGUUGUUUCAACGGACUAUUUCCCCAAGUGUGGCACAUUUGAGUUAAAGUAGGAUGGCGUUGUACCAGGGAUCUCCCCGCCGAUGGAACUGAAGUUGUGCGUGCCGUGGUUUUGAAUCAUCCACACUGAAUAGAAUUCAUCUGCGAGCACAGCUCGAGUCGUAAAGCGCGAGUGGAUCUCUUGCAGCUGUGAAUCCACGAGCUUUUUCGUGUUUGUAAAUCAUUUCCGUUUUAAUUACAAGCCGACACCGCAGCAGCAGCACCUCCCCCCCCCCCCCCCCUCCCCAAGGAAGCGAUCCCUAAUACAAACCUGCAACAUUGAGACUUUUGAACGCCUCCGUGGAGCCAUUGUGUGAGUUUGCACUGACCUUCUCUUACUUUCCGAGCAAGUGUCGCUUCAUCCUUCGCGUCACCGUAACAUUCCUAGUUCUAAUUGUGCGUUUUGUCUUUCAACGAAUACCACUGGCUCCAUCGCAGUUCCUCUCAAGUGAGCCGAUAGUGCGUGCAGGGCAGUGUAUUUUUUUUCCUUCCACAUGGGAUCCUAGCUGCGUGCACGCGUCUUGUGUCUUCCAUGCCCGUGCUGUGGUCCAUUAGAAGCUCAGUGGACCUCAGUCUCUACCAACUAGCCGGGGACCUGCGGGCAUGGGAGAAGCGACCCCGGCUCAGUCCGCUGCAGGGGCGUUCGUACCCAUGUUGGGGGUCGGUUUGGGAACCAUGCCCGCCGGGGUCGGCAACGGGCCGGUGGGGGCCACGUCCAGAGGCUCCGCGGUGCCACAGCUGCACAGCGCCAUAGUGGAGCGUUUGCGCGCCCGCAUCGAGCUGUGCAGGCGGCACCACUCCACCUGCGAGAACCGCUACCAGAGGGGUCAGGCCGAGAGCUCGGACCGGGAGCACGACAGCACGCUUCACCUGCUCAACAUAGUCCACCAGGGGCCCGGGAACCGGAAGACGAAGGGCGGCCGGGGAUCGAACCAGCAACCUCCAGAGUACAGCAGGGCCAACGGAGAGCUGAAGGGCGCCGAGGGCGAGCAGAAGAUAUCCACGCGCAUAGCGCUUCAAGGAUCCCUGCGAAGGAAGAUCGAGGCUCACGCGCCGAAGCAGAAUGGGCUCUCCUGUGGUUUUUCUGGAUCAGACUUUAAGCGGGCGCGUGUGGAUGCCGGUGCUCUAGGACAUGGGGCUUGCAAUCACAACUUAGCCCAGUCACAUUCUCUGCAAGGCUCCUCAUCCAUGGGCAUGCAGAGGAAGAAUUACAUGAUGCCCCAUGGUGUGGGCUCAGACAUAUUCAACAUGACCCUCAAAGAAAUGAAGAAAGAGCCCAUUGAGGUCCAGUCUUGUGGCCAGUCGAAUGCGGAGAUGAUUUUUGACUUCAAAGACGAAGGCGGCGGUCAGAUUGACCCGGACCUCCAGGAUCUUUUUGACGAGCUCACAAAGACUGUGCCCACCCUGAAUGACCUGGAGUUCGAGAAGAUGCUAAAGCAGGAUGAUGCAUUCGGUUUGGAUCUAGGUCGGCCGAGCUCUGCGGGAGCAGCUGCAAGUCUCUGUUCCCCCAUGGAUAAGCCAAUAAAGAUGGAGCACUCGCCGGAUUUUGGCCAUGUCCACGGCGGCUCGCCGCAGCUCCGACCAGCCUCGGCGGGACCUUCUUUCACGUUGACCAGCACCUCGUCGACCACCACGUCGCAGAAAGUCGCCUCUCAGGCAGGCCACCCCAGGGCCCUGCCCUGCUGGCCAGAAAUAUCCCACGCAGAGCAGCUGAAGCAGAUGGCAGCGAACCAGCAGCAGCCGAGCUCCCUGCUUCAUCACCACCACCAGACGCCACCUGCAGGAUUGAGCAACUGGGCUCCCGCCAGGAGCACCCACUCCUCGAACAGCGCCUUCCCCCAGGACAAGGUUGCCGCGUCGGCAGGGCUCGGCCAGCAAAGGAUUGCCUCUCACGGUAAAGGGAUCAACAAUUGCCUCUUCAAGUCAAAUGGCCACGCUGGCCCCCAUCAUUUGGACAUGAAGGGUCUCAGCACCAAGCCCACGCUGCAUUUCAGCCCCAAAGCGCCCCACCCGGCCGGCCAGCCGAUGCCUGCCAUGGCGAGCUCGGUGAAGACAACACCCCAGCAGCAACAGUCGCCGUCAACUGGCCAGAAUCAGCCACAUCCAGCUCUCCACUUCCAGAACCAACAGAUCGCCACCUCGGGGGCUCUUUGCCUGCAACCCAAGCCGGGUCCCGGGGGGCUGCCGUUCAAACUGUCCCAGCAGCGUCAGGGUGUUGCUCCUGGUCCGAGGCUGCCCACCAAUGGAAACUUAGCCAUGGCAACCCAGUCGCAGCCACGGGUCCCAGUUCCCAACAACCAGCAAAAGGGUCCGGCCAAAACCCAGGCCAUGCAGAGGCAGCUGAAUCAGCAGCAGCAGCAGCACACCAUUAGCAAUUCAGACAAAGACAAUGUACACGACCAAUUCAAUCGUCAUCUCACCAGACCGCCGCCUGAUUACAAGCAGUCAAGAGGGAUGGCGGGAGCUCCGCAGGGAAACCUCUUCACAGGUCAAAAUUCCUCCCAGUCCUCCGGCAAUGGCCCAGAGAAUGACAUCCAGUCCAUGGCCUGUCACCUUCCGAGUGGGUCUAGUUCAAAGAUGACUCCGUCGGACCGCAGAUACGGUAUCGGGGCUGAAUGUAGUCCGAGUUCUUGUAUCGGCCAAUUCCAGCAGCAUAACAAUCCUAAUCGGAUUGGGCUGAAUCAAAGUAAGGCGAGAUUCCUGGGUCCAAACACGCAUGCAAAUUCUUUCGGGAUGAACAAUGCAGCAGGUGUGCAACACCCGAGAACAACAGCUGACCUGCAUUCCUCGGGGUUACCAGGCCAAGGUCUGGGAGGCCUGAUGAAGAAUGUCAACAUGGGCUGGGGCUCUGCCAACAAGCAGGUGACAACUGGACUGGGCGUCAGGCGGCUACCCAAUCCCCUCCAGGCUCAGGGUGCGCAGCUGGACAUGUCGAACCUCCCGUACCAACAGAGGAUCGUAGGCCCUCCCAACCAGGUAGCACCAGACAUUGGGAUGCCUCUGCUCAACCCCUUGAUAAGAGACACAGGCCCGAGACUAAGCCAGCCAAUGAUGGGAUCCCCAUCAGCAGUGGGGAACCUGAACCAGGCCUCUCCUGAACAGAGGGUGCCAGCAGGCCACUUUGCAGAGCCCAGCCCGAGCUCCGGAAGCUACCAGAAUAACCGAGCCAACAGACUGACCUUUGACUUCCUUCCUGAGGGCGAUAACACCGUUCCGGGGAUCAACACAGACUCCGACUUCAUAGACUCUCUGCUCAAGUCGGGCUCUGGGAAUGAUGAUUGGAUGAAAGAUAUCAAUUUGGAUGAGAUUCUGGGCAGUCACUCUUGAAUUUGCGUCACAGAUUGCUAAAGAUUAACUCGCUCCUCUAUAGGUUAUGGAUGAAAGGAGAAACACUUGUAAAUGAUGUUGAAAUGGAUUUUAUAAACUCAUAUUAUUUGUUAUCCAAUUAUAGUGUGUUGUUUUGUAUGGUAUUUACUGUGAAAUGAAUCUGUGUUCCGUCUGUAGUACUCUGCAUAUUCUAUUCACAGUAUAUUGGCCAAGAAACUGCUUUUCUUUGCGGUCUGUUUUGUGGUCUAUUAAUCAUACUCAUGCUGUACUACUGUAUAGGAUAAAAUACCACACUGUGAAAAGAAAACAUAGCUAUGUUGCUUUUCAAAGUCAUGUUGAUAAUCCAAGUUACGUUUUGAAUCUGCAUCCACUAUAUAGCAUGAUAUGGUAUUUACCUUCAAAAGUUUGGCUACCAUAAACACAGACAGGAAUCUUUCCACAACAAAUGUAUUUUUUUCUUAUUGUUCAAGCUUUUUCCUCUGUGGUAGUUUUUGGUUCCAACUCAAGUAAUGUAACCAUUCUUUUUUAUGUGAUAUUUAAUAAUAUUGGGAUAGUAGUGUGACAUUAUGAUCAUGAAAAUACAUGUAAUAAAAUUAAUUUCAAUAAAUGAAUACAUCAAAAGUGCUCUUCUGGGGAACUAUUUAAACAAUGUAAAGUGUGGGUGCAUUUCUUUGCAUCUCCAACUAUGCUUUUUUAAAUUCAAAUGCUACAUACUCUGACUUAAGGUUAAGGAUAAAGAAAGAUAAAGAAAUAUCAUAGAUCUAUUUACUAGUCAUGUAUUUUAGAACACAUGAGUAAAAACAAUACUGGCUAAAUUAACCCUGGGAAAAUAAUUAUACAAUUAUAUGUAUCUACAUUAUAAAUACUGUGCAGGAAAAAUGCUUUUACAGAUUCUUUAGUUUUAGUUUAUAACUAAGAUGACACCAAGCCCAAUUAUUGAGAUUGGCCGGCUGAGGCUAACCUCAGCUCGUCUUUAAAAACUCUGCUUGACACACAAUUUGUAAUAUUAAAUGGCACUUUUUUCCUUUUCAACACUACCCUAAUAUUUCAAUACUGCCAUUUCGAAAACCACAGACUAAUUGGCCAACACUUUCCAUCUGACCAAGCACCUUAUUGCUCGUCAAUCAGGGUGUCAACCUUUAAAAAGAUCCCACAGGUGAGUACCUGUUCACAACAACAAUGGAAACCUAUGAAUUGAAUUGAAUAACUUAAUUAAUUUCCAGCAAGGAAAAUGAAUUUGCCUCUAAAAAACGUUCAUACAGACAAUAGAAAGUCCAUAAAAUACAAAAACCCAUCACAAAGAAUAAAUAACACCAGGAAAAGCCAUAUGAAACGUGAUUAAAUAACAAUAAAAACCACAAUCUAAAGGUCUUAAUGAAAAAUAUAUACCUGCACAGCAGCAGAAGCCUGCUUUCACUGUAAUUUAAGCUUUCAUUUUUUUCUCCAUACAUGUUUUGGCUGUGUUUAGAUAUUACAUUCUAUAUGGACUGUGUUUCUUUCUGAUUUUUGUAGAAAAAUGCACUUCACUUUAGCAAUAUCUGUGAAAUGUCAAUCCCAGACUCUACCUUGAGAAGAGUAUUAAAUACAAAUGUUUAAAAUGGAGUAUGGCAGUAUAAAGUAAGUUUUUAAGAGUGUUCUGCUACUUAUUUGUGUGGUUGUAUAAACUGUGUCUAGUGAUAAGCCAGUUUUCAGAAUUGUGUUCAAUCACAAAAAACUGUCUUGCAGCAUUCAAAUGUUAUUUAAGAAUUUAGAAUGUCAAUCUUAUGAAUGACCUCUUCAAAUACUUUAUUGUUGUUUGUUUAGUGAUUAGUUCCUAAUGCUUUUUACUAAUUAGUUGCUCUACAAACAGCAAUGUUGUUACGGGCAUAUCACACUAGAUAGGUGUUAUCUCCCCCUUGACUGUAUCCUUGCCCUCUCUUUCUGCUAAAACACAGGGAUACACAGAAUUUUUGUAUAGGGGAUAAUUGGAAACGCUGUGCACCUAAGGGUGCCUUUGUUUUGUUGUCCUUGAGUACCUGAGGAAGUUCAAUUACCAAAAACUUGUUUAAUAUUAAAGG